UUUUCCUUACGCUGAAGUAACAUCCUCCUGAUUCCCCAUCAAAAAAAAAAAGGCGGGAACUAGCCAACAGGCCGGAGAAUGAUGGGACUCGCGCUGAGCACGUCCCGCCCAUUUCACACUCUGAUUGGUGAAUAUCCUUGGCUCGUGGCAGAGAGGCCCGCCUCAUUGGCUGUUAGUCUCUUGGGGGCGGGUCCGCGACACGGGUCCUGCUCCUUCCUCCCCCUUCCCUAGCUGCCGACGUGGGACUGGCAGUCGCUGGCGGUUAGAGGCCGAAGCGUGGGUGCCGAGGGGCAGGCGGGGAUGGGGGGGCUGCGGCUGCUGGCAGUGGCCCUCACCUGCUGCUGGUGGCCGCCGAGCAGCCAGGGUAAGACGUUGCGGGGCAGCUUCAGCAGCGCCUCGGCCCGAGACGCUCAGGGCCAGAGCAUCGGUCAGUUCCAGUUCCACGGUGACCAUGCUCUUCUGUGUGUCAGAAUCAACAACAUAGCAGUAGCUGUUGGAAAAGAAGCUAAACUCUACCUCUUCCAAGCCCAGGAAUGGCUAACGUUACAGGAAAGCAGUCAUAGUUAUACUUGUAGUGAAAAAUUAUCCAAAGCUCAGUUGACAAUGGCCAUGAAUCAGACUGAACAUAAUCUGACAGUGUCCCAGAUUCCGUAUCCACAAAUGUGGUACGUGUUUUAUGCAGACAAGUAUACAUGCAAAGAUGACAAUGAGAAUUCUCAGGUGGAAGAUAUAUCAUUUGAAAUGAUGUUAUUAAACCCGGACGCUGAAGGGAAUCCACUUGAUCAUUUUAGUGCUGGAGAAUCUGGGUUACAUGAGUUCUUUUUUCUCCUAGUCCUAGUGUACUUUGUGAUUGCUUGCAUUUAUGCUCAAUCAUUGUGGCAGGCUAUUAAAAAAGGAGGACCCAUGCACAUGAUUUUAAAAGUUCUGACAACUGCAUUGCUGUUACAAGCUGGUUCAGCUUUAGCUAAUUACAUUCAUUUCUCCAGUUACUCCAAAGAUGGAAUAGGGGUACCUUUUAUGGGAAGUUUGGCAGAAUUUUUUGACAUCGCUUCCCAAAUUCAAAUGUUAUACCUACUUCUGAGUCUGUGCAUGGGUUGGACAAUAGUCAGAAUGAAAAAGUCUCAAAGCAGACCUCUCCAGUGGGAUUCUACUCCUGCAUCCACUGGCAUUGCUGUGUUCAUUGUCAUAACACAAAGUAUUUUGCUAUUUUGGGAACAGUUUGAAGAUACCAGGCCUCACAGCUACCAUUCACACCACAGCUUAGCAGGGAUCCUUCUAAUCAUUUUAAGAAUUUGCCUAGCGUUGUCCCUAGGCUGCGGACUCUACCAAAUCAUCACAGUGGAGAGAAGUACACUAAAAAGGGAGUUCUACAUCACGUUUGCCAAAGGCUGUAUCUUGUGGUUUUUAUGCCAUCCAGGUCUUGCAUGUAUUUCUUUCAUGUUUAAUGACUACCAAAGAGAUAAGGUAAUUACAAUAGGUGUUAUCCUUUGCCAGUCUGUUUCCAUGGUUAUUCUCUACAGACUCUUUCUAUCCCACAGUCUGUACUGGGAAGUUUCUUCACUUUCCUCAGUAACACUACCACUGACCAUCUCAUCUGGACACAAAAGUCGACCUCACUUCUGAUACUUCAUUUUCUUUAAAGGAUAAGUGGAUUGAUUGAACAGAGUGCAAUAAGGAUCCAAAUACUUUUUUUUCAUACUUUUGGUAUGAAAAAUUGAACAGAGAAAGCAGAGCAUGUAAUUUAUACAACUGCAUUUAAGCAGUACCAAAACUGAAAAAAAUAAUAAAUGACAUGUUUUUAAAUAUACUUAAACUUUGAAGAGUGUUAUUACAAGAUUAUUUAUGCAUUUUCCAUAUGGAAAUAAA